UCUCUCUCUCUCUCUCCUUUCAUCUAGAAAUCCAUUCACACCCGUGGUUUUGCUAUGCAAAACUGGAUAUAGAGUUUUACUCCCACUUCAACGGCGUCGUUUCUAGAUUCCUCCAGCCUGAUAUUCCACGAUUUGUUUCUUUCAUUCUCUCUCUCCUCUUUUCUUUCUUGUAGCUCUCUCUCUCUCUCUCUCCAUUCAUCUAGAAAUCCUCCCAGACCAAACACGAUAAUCCUCAAUUACCAAAGACCCACUUAAAUUCACCUCGAAUCCUUCCAAACCCAUUUCCUAUUUUCCCUUCACAUCCCUACAUGAACAUCAAAAUUCAAUCUUUCAACUAAAAGCCCCACCGUUCAUCUUCUCUCUCUCUCUUCAACCCCUGCACACCCUCAAACAUGGCCGCUGCACUACGGUCAAAAUCAUCAAGAGACAGCCUUUCCUCCACAGUAUCACAGUUCAGGUACUUCAUUCUCAACCACAUGCACGAUGGCCGCAUGCUCGGUUCCUAUCCAAACACUUACAAAACCAAAUGGGAUGAUUACUUCUCCAACACACCCUACCAUUUCACCUCAUUCAAACCCGUUUCGCUACGUGGCGAAUUCGUAGACAAUUUCAUCAGGAACAGGAGGAAAGUAGGGUAUGGGUAUGUUUGUAAUAUCUUGAAUUCCUAUGGGGAGCCACCUGAGGUUUGGCAGCAGCCUCCUGUGGAUGGAAUUGCUGUCAGGCCUGGUGUGAAGUUGGUUAGGGUGACCGAAGGUGGUGGCGGCGGUGGUGGGACCGGGGGUUCGGGUGGUGGUGGGUACGGGUCGAAUUCGAAGGAUGGGUGUUGGGGAGGAUCGAAUUUGGGUAGUGAGUUUCCUACCCCUAAGGAGAUUUGUAGAGGGCUUGAUAAGUUUGUAAUUGGGCAGGAGAGAGCAAAGAAGGUGCUUUCAGUGGCAGUUUACAAUCACUAUAAGAGGAUCUCUAAUGACCCUUCACAGAAGUGGCCUGUGGGAGACUCAGUCAAUGACAAAACAGAUGCUGCAGAUGAUGAGUCGGUGGAACUUGAGAAAAGUAACAUUCUUCUGAUGGGUCCAACUGGUUCAGGGAAGACAUUACUUGCCAAAACGUUGGCACGGUUGGUGAAUGUUCCCUUUGUUAUUGCAGAUGCCACUACACUUACUCAGGCAAGAUAUGUUGGGGAAGAUGUGGAGUCCAUAUUGUACAAGCUCCUUAUGGUUGCUGACUACAAUGUGGCAGCUGCCCAGCAAGGCAUCGUGUAUAUUGAUGAAGUUGACAAGAUCACAAAAAAGGCUGAGAGCCUUAAUAUAAGCAGAGAUGUAUCGGGUGAGGGCGUCCAGCAGGCAUUACUAAAAAUGCUGGAAGGAACGGUAGUUAAUGUUCCGGAAAAAGGAGCUCGAAAGCAUCCUAGAGGCGACAAUAUUCAGAUCGACACUAAAGAUAUUCUCUUCAUCUGCGGAGGUGCUUUUAUCGACUUGGAGAAAACUAUCUCAGAAAGGCGCCAAGAUUCAUCUAUUGGGUUUGGCGCACCAGUCCGUGCAAACAUGAGGAGCAGUGGUGUUACGAGCUCUGUCGUGGCAUCAUCCCUAUUGGAAACUGCUGAAAGUAGUGACCUUAUAGCAUAUGGUUUGAUACCUGAAUUUGUUGGACGAUUUCCUAUCCUUGUUAGUUUGUCGGCUCUGACUGAGGACCAACUCGUUCAGGUGCUAACAGAGCCAAAGAAUGCCCUUGGGAAGCAGUACAAAAAGAUGUUUAAAAUGAACGAAGUAAAGCUUCACUUCACAGAAAAUGCAUUGAGAUUAAUUGCUAGGAAAGCAAUAACAAAGAAUACUGGAGCCCGGGGCUUAAGAUCCAUCUUGGAAAGUAUUUUGAUGGAUGCCAUGUAUGAGAUUCCAGAUGUUAGAACAGGCGACGAUAUAAUAGAUGCUGUUGUAGUUGAUGAAGAAGCUGUUGGAUCGGAGGGACGUGGGUGCGGAGCAAAAAUCCUUUACGGCAAGGAUGCAUAUGACCGCUACCUUUCUCAACACAAAUUAAAGGAUUUACAGACAUGUGCAGAAGUGUCCGAUGCAGAGUCCGAGGUGGAACCGGAGCUUCCUUCUAUUGUGGCUUUGUAACUCUUCUCCUUUAGGUUCAUUUUCUGGUCUCAAUCAUGUACACUAAAUAAAUUUUUUAUAGCAACUCUAAAAUUAUUAAUAGUAGAUCAAAUAUGCCAGUAUGUAUCUUCCUCUGUAUUCUGACUCCAUUGUGCAGAAACCCAGUUCCAUCUGAUAACUUAACAUUCAAAUUUGUCCUUUUCGAGCCAUUAAAGAAGAAAUUAGGUAUCUGUAUGAUUUAAUUACUGCAAUGGUUCCUUUGACCAGCGAA